CCGCAUUCUGAAACUUGCUGAAUUAUUUGUUCAUCCAUCCAUCUCUGUUUUGUUUUUUGGGUUUUGAAAAAUGUCGCAUUUCCAAUCUGGAACCGAUCAGUAUGGCAACCCCGUUCGCCAGACUGAUGAAUAUGGCAACGUGAUCCAUGGGACCGGUCAGCGCGUCGACCCGCAUCACCGGACCGGUGAGUUCCGUGAGACGGAUCAGUAUGGCAACCCGGUUCGACGGGGCGGGGAGUACGGUGACCCGAUCGGCACUGGUGGGACGUAUGAGACUGGUGGGCACGGUGGCGUGGGUUAUGGCGGAGGACACCAGCAGCAGCAUAAGGAGCAUGGGGGAGUACUUCGUCGCUCUGGAAGCUCUAGUAGUUCCAGCUCGUCGGAAGAUGAUGGGCAUGGAGGGAGGAGGAAGAAGGGGCUGAAAGAGAAGAUAAAGGAGAAGCUGCCGGGGCAUCAUGACACGGCGCAGCAGCCACACGCGACAUCAACCACCACACCUGGCGGGUACUCUUCGGUGGAGCACGGCGGCCAACACGAGAAGAAGGGGAUAAUGGAUAAGAUCAAGGAGAAGUUGCCGGGACAUAACUGAGAGGCGUCGCUCACCAUAUGUGGGUGUAGAUAUGAUAUUAAUAAAGUGAUAGAUGUGCGUGUAUUGGGAGUUGUGUAGUGUUAAGUGUUAAGUGUGGUUGUGUGUAUUAUUAUGUCAUUUAUGGGUUUGAUGUAUGUAUGUACGUCUCGUUUGUGCUCAUCUCAUCUAGCUUCUACUUGGGCUGUUUUACGUUUCAAAUCUACCUUCUUUUCCAACC